AUGAAGUCGACAAAGCUGAAAAAGAAUUUUGAAAGAAAUGAGGAGAAUAAAAACAAGCGCUCGAAUAAUGAUAACAUAUCUAAUUUGAUGAAUUUAAAAAUAAAGAAUGAGAAUAUUCAUAUAAAAAAUAUAAUAAGAACAAUACAUUAUGUAUAUACAAAUAAAUAUGAUAGUGAGACAGGAUUUACGUACAUUAAAGAUAUUUUAAAAAAUAUAAUAAAAGGAAAUGUAUAUGAUAUAGUAUAUAAAAAGUAUAUAAAUCCGUAUUGUAUUUACGAGAUAUGUUCUCGUAUUCUUUUAAAUAUAAUAAAAGUAAAUAAUAAAGAUGAUAAUUUUAAUAAGAUUGUAGAAUUUUUAUUUGAUAUAUUAUAUUAUUGUGAUAUAAUAUUAAGUGAAAAUAAAAAUAAGAAAAAAAAAAGUAAUCAAAAUUAUAUGGAAGGUAAUAGUAAUGUUCAAGAAUAUGAAUUAAUAACAAGGUUAUGGAAUCGAUUAUUAGAUAAUGUUUUUAUUAAAGAUAAGAAACAAAGAAUAAAUAUGUGUAAAGUUAUUAAAUCAUUAGUUAAAAAGGCAUGUGCUUUACAAAUUGAUGUUUCAAAUAAAUUAUGUAAAAAGCAUGUAAAUAUUUUUUUAUCUUUAUUAAAUGAUAAAGAUCAUAAUGUUAGAGUUUUAUGUUUGAAUAUAUUAGAACCUUUUCAAGAUUUUAAUACAAAAGGAAGCUUUUUAAAAUGUCUUGAUGAUGUACAUAAUAUGGUCAGAAUUAAUGCUAUAAAAAAUAUAUCAAUAAAUGUACAGGAUUAUACAACUUCUACUUCCCCCAAUAAUAAUAAUAAUAAUAAUAAUAAUAAUAAUAGUAAUAAUAAUAAUAAUAGUAAUAAUAACAAUAGUGAAUAUCUUAUAAUCUUGAAAAAUUUUUUAAUAAGAAUAAAUGAUAUUAAUCAUAAUGUUAGAAGUAGUGUAUACGAUAAAUUAAAGAAUUAUUAUUUUUAUAUUCCUUCAGAUAUGAAAUUUGAAUUGUUAUUAUGUGGUUUAAACGAUAAAGAGAAAUCCGUUCGAGAAAGUUGUUAUCGAAUGAUUUUACACUGGGUUCAAUAUUUUGAUGAUAAAAUAGAAAAUUUAUUAUUGCAUAUUUUAAACAGUGAUAUAGACAAUGAUUUGAUCAUAGAACAGAUAUGUAAAGUACAUUUGAAUAAUAUACGUAAAGAUUUAAUUAAAAGUGUAAGUAUGGAACUUUAUGAAGAAAAAAAAGAAUAUGAUUGUAAGAAUUUAAGAAAUGAUACUAGUACAUAUAAUGAAAAUUGGUUUAAUUAUUGUUUAAAUAAUUUAUUUUCUUUAAAUGUAGCCGAAUUAUAUAUGUUCCGAAUUUACGUUCAACAUUUUUCAGAUGAACAAGAGAAAGAAAAAAUUGAUGCUCUACAAGUUAUUAAUACAAUAUAUUAUUAUUUGUAUCUUAGUAGGUUUAAUGAGAGAUUAUAUUAUAAUAGAAAAAAUUAUAUUAAUUGUGUUGAAAAUAACGAUGCAGAUCAAUCAUAUGAACAAUCUUUAGUUUGUACUUGUGGAAAGGGUAACAUCUAUGUAAAUACUAUUGAAGAUAAACAAAAAAAUAAAUACAUACAAACGUCUAUAUUUGACGAUGAGUUCUGUGAUAAAUGUAUAUAUUACCGUACGGUAAUCAAAACGUCUGAUUCUAAUGUUCACAUAAAUAAUGAACAUAAUAAGGAUGAACAUAAUGAGGAUGAACAUAAUAAAGAUGUACAUAAUAAGGAUCUACAUAAUAAGAAUGAACAUAAUAAGGAUCUACAUAAUAAGAAUGAACAUAAUAAGGAUCUACUUAAUAAUGAUGUACAUAAUAAGGAUCUACUUAAUAAUGAUGUACAUAAUAAUGAUGUACAUAAUAAUGAUGUACAUAAUAAUGAUGCACAUAAUAAUGAUGGUAAUGAGUUUAAAAACAAGGGAGAGGAUGAAUCCUCAAAUACACAUGAAAAUAUCUUAAUAAAUGAAGAUAAUAUAAAUGAAAAUUAUAAUUAUUUAUGUAAUAUAAAAAAUUUGCUUCUAAUAUGUAAAUAUUUAGAUAUCAUAGAAAUUUAUCAAGUCGAAAAAAUUUUAAAAUGCUGUUCUACUAUUUUAUUAACCGGUCCCCUGCGAGAAGUUAUUAUAAAAGGAAUGCUAAAUAAUACCGGCGUAAAUUAUUACAAGUUACAAAAAGGACAUAUUACAUGUGCUUACUGGCUAAGUAAUAGCUACAUAUAUGCAUGUAUAGAUUUAUUAAGACAAAUGAUAUAUAUAAAAAAUAAGAAUAAUGAUGUGAAUGAUAUCGAGAUAAAUUUAACGAACCAUGUUUUAGGUAUUAUAUCUGAAAUAAAAGAACCUUUUGAAAAUAAUGAAGAAAAUGAAAACAUUUUUAUACAAGAAAAGGAAGUAAUAAAAGAAUUUUCUGAUGAACCAAAUAGGUUGUCUAAAAAUUAUAAGUCUUUUGAACAAGUGGAUACAAAUCCAUUAACGCUAAUAUUUAGUAAUAUAAUGAAUGUUGAAAAUGAUACUAUAUUUGAUAUUAUAAGGAAGAAGCAUUUAAAUACAUUAUCCAUUGAGCAUUUAUUAAUUUUGUGUAAAAAAAUGCAACAUAAGUUAGAUGUGACCGAGGCCAAAAUUAAGGACUUAUCAGAGAUGGAAAAGGUAAAGGAACAAGAAAGGGUAAAUAGUAAUAAAACAAAUGAUACUAAUAACAAUAAUAUUAAUACUUUUGUUUAUGAUGACAAUAAUGGAAAUAAGAAAAAUUGUGAUAUUAAUAAUACAUGUAAUACAUCAAUGCAUCUGUAUGCUUUCCAUGAACAGAUAAGAUUUCACACAGAAAUAUUUCUAAAACAGAUUACUAUGUUAAGUUUGUUAAGAUUAGAAUUGAAAAGAAGAUGGUUAAGGAUAUUAUUUAUUUUAGAAUGUUUUUUAUGUAAAAGUAAAUCACAUUGUUCAUUUGAUUCAGCUCUUCGUGAGUUUCCAAACGAAUUAUUAUUACCUGCUUUAAAUUUUUGUUGUUCUGUUAUGCCAGAAUGGGAUGAUAAAGAAAUUGAAGAUCAGUUUUAUGACAUUUUAGUUUCUAAAUGUUUAGGUAAUUGGUGUAUGUUUAUUGGAAAUGAUGAAGAAUUAAAGAAACAAAUAUAUGCGUACAAAACAGCUAUUGUGGAUACAUGUGAAGUACUUAAUACGUGUUUAUUAAGUAUAGAACAGAUACAUUCAAAUGUAUAUCCAAAUAUAUACAAUAAGGGUAAUAUAGAUAUUAUGUCUAUUAACGAUAAGUUAGAUCUGAACCUACAUAACAGCACUAACCAAAACAGCAACAUUAACAAUAUGAACAAUAUGAACAAUAAUAAUUGUGAUGAAGAUGUAAAUAAAAAAAACUAUAUAUUUUAUGAAUAUAAUUCUCCCAACGAAUAUUUACUGAACUAUUUUUCAACGAACCAAGAUGCGUGGUAUGAUUAUAAAGAAUUAUUAGAAAAGUUAGAAAUAAAUUCUCUUAGAUGUGAGAUAUAUAUUUGUGUUUUAGGAGAUCUUCUAAUGACACAUCCAAAUUUAAACAAUGAUGAAUUAAUUGUUGAUGCUGUUGAAAGCUUGUGGAAUUAUUUAAACGGCAAUUUGAAUACAAGCAAAUAUAUUCAGUCCAUAUGUUUAAGAGUUAUAUGUAAAUUAUUAUUAACAGAAUAUUUAGGUAAUCAUGUAUAUAAUAUUACAAAUGAAGAAUUAUUUAUAUUAAUAAAAAGAUCAUCAAAUAAAUUAAGAGCUUUAUUUGAAAUGUGCUUUUUAAUAUCUCCAGCUACAUAUAAUUGUGUACAAGAUUUUAAAAAAAUUAGUACCUAUAAUAUGACAAAUAUAAAUUCACAUGAUAAGUUAUUUCUUUUUUCUAUAUUCUCUAUGUAUCCAUCUAUGAGUGAAAAUAAUUUAUUAAUAUUUCAUUAUACUUUUGAACAAAUUAUUUUUAAAACAUCAGAAGCCGUUUUAAAAUAUAAUUUAAAAACAGCACAUUUUACAAACAUAUUAACUUUUAUGAUAUUUACUAUUUUACAUAAGGCCAAUAUAAAUUUCCUAGUGUAUAACAUGGCAAAAUAUAUUAAGUGGAUGCUGCUCAUUAUAAUUGAAAAGGGUAUAGCUCUAACCAACAGAUCAAAUAUUAUAGAGCUUGUGUAUAAAAUAAUACACAUAUAUUUAUUUCAAGAUUUAACAGAUAUGCAAAAUAUCGAAAAAAAAAAUUCUUAUGAAACAAAAGAAGUAAAAAAAAGAGGAAGAAAAAAAAAGAAAAAUUUAAACGAAUCACUUGAUGAAACAAAUGAACAGCAAAGGAAAUAUCUAAAUAAAAAUAAUUCUUUAGAAACGAAUAUUACAAAUGAUACAAAUAUAGAUCAACAAAUAGAUGAACAAAAAAAAAAAAAUGAAAAUGAUGAAUUUAUUAAUAAGAAAAAAAAAGAAAUAAAUGAAUUCAAAUCUACUAUAUUAUUUAAAAGUGCUGAAAUAAAUGUAAAUGAUACAAUUAAAGAUUUAAAAAGUUUUUAUGUUUUAAUCAAUUUUUGUAUGCAUUCAUCUGAUAUAAUGAAAUCAAAGAAUGAAAUAAGAUAUUGUGAAGUACUUAAAGAGUGUAUAGACAAUAAAAUGGAACAAAUAAAACAGUAUUUUAUUAAAAACAAUUUAAUAAAAAAUUACAAUUAUUUUGGAGAAAAUAAGGAUAUUAAUCAAGAAAAACCAAAAACAGAUAACCCACAGGACAAUCUUCUAGAUUUAAAGAAAAUAAAUGAACUAAAAGAAGAAACGAUAUAUGAAGAAAUUAUACAAGAUUAUGUAAAUUAUAUAGAAGCUUUGCAUAAUAGAAAUUUUGUAUAUCCUUUGAUUCCACGGGGCUCGGGUGUGGAUAUAAAUGACGAUCGAAUGACUACCAAAGAAAUAUUGAACGAAAUAAAUAAUAAUAAUAAUAAUAAUAAUAAUAAUAAUAAUGAUAACAAUGAUAAUAAGGACAACAGUCCGGUAAAUACCAGUUUAGAAAAUAUGAUUAAAAUGAGAGAUGUUUUAAGAAGACAGCAAAGAAUUAGUGCAGUUUCGAAUAUACACACAAAUAUUGAUUCUAAGGUUCGUAAGGAUAUUGAAACGAACACGUAUGAUGAUACUAAUCAUAAUGAAGAUAUUCAAAAUGUUAUUCAUUCUGAUAGUAAAGACGUAUCUGAACCAAUGGAAGACAUGGCAGAGGUGAAUCACAUAAAUGAUAGAAACAAUGAAAAAGUAGAAAGUAUUAAUAAGAGUAAGAGUAAAUAUGAAAAUAUUUCCAGUAUAGAAACUAAUGAAAAUACAUUAUCCCUUAGAAGUAAUGAUAAUAUUACAUACGUAUAUAAGGAACAAUCUACACUCAGAAAUGAAAGUAAGGAAGAAAUUAAUAUUAUUACGGAAGAUAAGCACUUGGAUAAUUAUCAACAUAAUAAUAGUAUAAAAAAAAAAAUUGCAGAAAUGAAUUCAAGUUCUAGUGAUGAAAAUACAGAUAAUGAUAAUGAUGAUUCUAGCAUAAAUGAAUAUGCAAGUGUAAAAAAUUAUCAUUCAGAUGUAGAGGAUGAAAAUAAUAAAAGUGAUGGUAGUAGUCUUAAUUCAAAUGAUUCAACAGCUAUGGCCUAUAAGCGUUUAAAUAAACUAAGAAGAACUAGUUAUACAAAUGUUGUUUCGAAGUAA